AUGCCUUCAAUCUAUAUUAAUAUCUUCCUAGCAUUUAUCCUAGCUCUUCUAGGCAUACUAGUCUAUCGAUCCCAUCUAAUAUCAUCCCUUCUAUGCCUAGAAGGCAUAAUACUCUCACUAUUUGUUCUAAUUACAUUAACAGCCCUUAAUACCCACUUCACACUAUCAUUUAUAUUUCCAAUCAUCCUACUAGUAUUCGCAGCCUGUGAAGCAGCAGUUGGACUAGCUCUUCUAGUUAUAGUCUCCAACACUUAUGGAAUAGACUAUGUACAAAACCUAAAUCUUCUACAAUGCUAA